CUCCAACACCACUCCUACAGAGACAUUCAACAUGCACUUCACCAAAGCUUUGCUCGCCCUUGCGCUCGUUGCAGCACCCGUCUUUGCAACUCCUACUGCUAUCGUCAAAGACAGCGUCGAAGCCAGAGCCCCUUCGAUCUCACAGACCUAUGUCACUUGCAACCCCAAAACGAACACCUCUCCCACCAAGUCUUUCAAAGUUGACGUCAACAACGCGCAGAGUCAGGCCAAAAGCGCCGGCUUCGUAGCCGGUAAAAGUGGAGACCCUCACGGGUACAACAGCGGCGAUGGCAUCAAGUGGGGUUCCAACAACUGCGACAACGGCAAGAACCCGCUGUUCGAGUACCCUGUCUUCUGGGUGGGUGCCAAGCAGAAGGAAUGGCAGAAGGACACCAAGACUAGUGGUCAGGAAAAGACUCCGAUUCGCGUCGUGUACGCCAACGUGAAUGGCGGUAUCUACUACUGCGGUGUCAUGACCCAUAGCGAGGUAGACAAAAAUUACCAGGGCAAGGCGUUCUUCGAGAAAUGCAGUUAAGUGCAGAUCCACGGCCUGUGACAUGGAAUGAGCUGGGUGUUAGGAAGAGUCGGUUUUUGGCUGUUUUUUGGCGACAAAGUCCUUCAAGCAGGCGAGAACACACUGUACUUCGCAGCAUCGGCCUGUAUUAGUUUGGAUGUGUUCUGUGACAAAAGUGGACUCCUACUAUCAUUCAACUUCUGCGUCAUCGGGUAGAAUCAGUACUCAUUAUUUCUUUUCAUCAUUCCAUUUUAUAUAUAUACAAACUCUCGUUUACUGUGCUUUCGAGUAACGUAUUAACUUAUAUUGCUGGUGAAUCUUUAAUUAUACUUUGUCUCGAAUACAGACAAUGACCUAUAGCCCAGGGGCCUAUCCCGAAGUCGACUGUAGAAACG